AUGGUGGGGAAAUCUUUGGCUGCUCCUUUGCUAGCUUUUGAUUCGACAGUUCACCUCUGUUCUUAUCAUAAAAUUGUUUCACUACCGACAGGCAGACCAAUCAAUGUAAAUUUUGCAAUAACGACUCGAGUUUCUAAGAAUUGGGAGUUGCGUUCAACCGCUCAAGUUCAGGACACAGUUCUCAGUGAAGAAGAGAAUAAAAAAUGGGAAUCUUGUAAACAAGCUCUAUCUGCCUUUGGUUUUGCGAACGAGGAAAGUGAAAAAAUCCUCGGCAAAGCAUUUGGACAGAUUCAUUCUCCUUAUUGGGGAGAAGAGAGGAAAAAAGAAGUCCCGAGUUUUGAGGCCGUGAAUGAAAUUUUAAGUUAA